GAAACAAACAGAAGAAGAAGAAUCCACUUCCGGCCAAGGGAUGCACGCGCAACCACACAGCGCUGCAUCAUGUGUGUGUAACAGCUAGCUGUGGUCAUCAUCACUCGCGUUGCUAAAAACAUUACACGAUGCGGUCUUGUUCUGUGGAAACGGACUAGAUUGACACUCUCGUUGUUCAUCCUCCGUUCUCACCUGGUUUACUGCUUACAAGACAAACUCAGGCCGAGCAAACCGUGGCGCUGUGAUGCUAACGAACACUAGCUAGAGUAAGCUAGCAUUAUACAAACAAGAGACACUCCAAGAUGGACGGAGCUGCUGCCUCGGCGAUCAAAGAGGACGGAGCGACAAACAAACCCGACGAUGGAGACACAGCAUCUGGAAACAACGUGUUUCAGUCUGCCGAUGACACCGCUGAUCGGGUUUUCUGCUGCCGUGCUUGUGGAGAAGGCUUCAGGGAGGAGGCAGCAUACUUGGAGCAUCAGCAUCAGCACCCGCAAGAAAGCACGUAUUUAGACAACCAAUCGGAUGGUUUACACGAUGCGGAAAAGGACAAUGAACCAAAUAAUUUCUGCACUCGGUGUUCACUAUCGUUUGUUGAACCGAGUGAAUUUUUGUCGCAUAUGGAGAAGAACCACGGUCAAACCUCUCAAAAGGAGCCUAGUCUUCAAAUAAAUUCCGGGAUAACAAAGCAACACACCUAUGAAUGUCCAGAAUGUGGGAAAUGUUACGGUGUGUUUGGACACUUCCUCAACCAUCAGCGCUCACACAGACAAGCCUUAAAAUCCGUUUUUCAUGACCUCGAACAUUUGAAAAAGAAGUCGUUCCAGUGCGAGUCUUGCGGGCGGAAUUAUUCUCGUGCUUCAGCUCUUGAUGCACACCGUCGUUGUCAUGAGGAAAAGUUGGUUAAAUCGCGAAACAAAAGUUCAGGCGAUGCAAUCCACACGGAGGAGUCGAGUGUUGAAGCCAAUCCCGGCGAAAACCAGACAGUCGAUACUCCCGAAAAGACUUUCAAGUGUUUGUGUGGUAAAGCUUUUACCGCUCUGAUGCGCCUUAAAACGCAUCAACGAUUUAGCCGCAACAGUCAAUGCUCUCUAGAAGAGAGGAAAGACAAACCAAAGAAAAGCUGCAGUGAGUUUUACUGUAGCGAGUGUAAAAAGUCUUUCAGCGGCCACAUUGCCCUCUUCAACCAUCAGCGGUGGCACACUAAUCCCUCAAAUGAUCCUGCAAACAGGUUCCCGUGUGAGGAGUGUGGAAAAGUGUUUAGGACUCAAACGUUCUACUUCAGGCAUCAGCGCAUGGCGCACAGCGACGAGACCGCGGCCAAGUCGUUUCUUCAUCAAGUGUGUCAGCUGCAGAAGAAGGCGUUUGAAUGUAAAGAUUGUGGGCUGAAGUUCUCCAGGGCCUCGGCGCUUCACUCCCAUCAGCUUCAUCACACGGAUGUUUUCAGAGAAACGGAGAAGGAGGCUCAGACGCAGAGCUCUCUGCUACCUCAACCGGAGACUUUGGAAAGCGUGAGAAAAGAGGCUGAGCAGGAGACGGUUGAAUCAGAGAAUGUGCUUCCUACCAGUAUGGCCGAAGAAGAAGAAGAAGACGUGGACAGUUAUGACCCUGGGGACUUCAAUGUGCAGGUGAUCAGUGCAAGUGAAUCGGAGGAUGAGCCCGUCCAAGACCUGAAUCCUGAUCUGGAGCUGCUGUGUGAAUCGGAUCAGGAAGUAAGAGACGACGGCGACACUGGGUUUUCCACCAGUCGUCUUGUUUCUAAAGCAGAGAUGGAUUUGAAAAUAGUGGAAAUUGACUUUGAGCAAACUGACGAGCAGUGCGCUCUGAUGGCGAGCGAAGCCGUGAACGAAACGGCGGAGGAGAGAUUCGAUUGUCCGGAGUGUUACCGCUGGUUUUCUAGCGCUUCAUCGCUGCGCGUUCACAGAAUGUGGCAUGGCGUUCGUAAGAGAAAACGGCAGACUCAAGGUCAGUCGGUGGCAGUUCACACGUGCGACACAUGUGGCCACGAGGCCAAUAGCUACGCGGCACACUGCAGUCACAUUCAACAGCACAACACUCACAACACAAGUGAUGAGGAUGAUGAGGCAGAGGGAUUAGAGAAGAAAAAUCUGGCGUGUAAUGAGUGCGGUAAGCGCUUCACACGGUUGUCUGCUUUAGUCUCCCAUCAGCUGCAUCACCCCAAAAGAAAACAAUUCCAGUGCCCAGAUUGCAUAAUGUCUUAUUCGCACGCAGCUAGCUUGUUUAACCAUAUGAGAAACUGCUCCGCACAGAAAAAGGAGAAUAUUUCUGUCAUUAAGAAAGAAUACAAUCCAAAGAAAACCCUUCUAGGCCCAAAGAUUUAUCAUUGCGAGCAGUGUGGGAAGGGUUUCUGGUCUCUCGGAGCUUACUCUCACCACAAGCAAAGUCAGACUCCGUGUCCAGAUUUGAGGCUCAGCAAAGGUGCCGCUGGAUCUUUGCACUCCGUUAAUAGACGCCCACGCUUCAAGGUCCCGUGUCCCGUGUGCGGUAGAAAGUUCCGUCACAAGGGCAUCAUGGCGUUGCACAUGCGAAAACACGAAAACGGAGAUCACAAAUGUGAGCUCUGCGACAGGUCGUUUCGUCUUUUCUCGAGCCUCCUGAGACACCAGGUCGUGCACAGCGACCAGUUGCUCCCGCCGCCCAUCAAGUCUUUCCAGCAUCAGGUGGAGCAGUUGAAGAAGAACACGUACAGCUGUCCCGACUGCGGGAAGCUGUUCUCACGGGCCAAAGCGCUUCAGUUUCACAUGAAAAGCCACGGGUACGAGACCGGGCACUCGCCGCCAUCGCCGAGGUCUGCCGUCGCGCUGGAGGAUCUGCAGUGUGCUACGUGCCUCGCACAUUUCAACAACAAGGCCUCUUUGAGGGCCCAUCAAAAGCUUUGCAUUAAAAGAGACCGUCGGGUAGUUUGUAAGACAGAACCCGUAGAAAAUAACGACGUGCCAACAUUGCACAAAAAUAGCUUGAAUGUCACACAGGAAAUAGCAGUACACACUGAAAUGAAGAAUGAAAUGGACAGCAGGGAGCUGAAGAUGGAAAUUCAAACGCAUGAAGGUAACUUAAACAACCCAAGUAUAACCAAUUUGAAAUACAAAUGCAAAAAGUGCGACAGAAGCUUUUCAGUGGUCGGGGCUUUGAAUUUCCAUAAAAGAGUUCACGCUGAGGGUCACAAAUCUGUAGCAAAAGGGAAACUGGCCAUGCUUAAGAAACCUAAACGGGAAGAGCCGAGCAACGGACUAUUUCACUGCUCAGAAUGUGGCCGUCGAUUUAUGACCAACGCGGCUCUCGGCUCCCACAAAAGAUGGCACAAAGAAAAGAAAUUUCCGCUGUCCACGCUAAAAGAUGAUGAUUUGAAAUCCGUCAGCCACAUGACAGAAGACGGACCUUUCCAGUGCCACAAAUGUGGCAAACAGUUUUUCAACCGUCUUGUUCUCCAACGUCACCAGAUAUUUAAUCCUCGGUGUCAAACCAAAACUGUGCCGCACACUGAUUCAAAGAUAAAUGUUGAGAGCGAGUUUUCAUGUCCAGAAUGUAACCAAACCUUUGAGCAAGGUUCGCUUCUCGCUGCCCAUUAUGUAAACAAGCAUAUAAACGCUGCAGAUCACCAAGUCCCAGAACAGCUGGAUGUCGGCUCGAAUGGGAGUGAGCCCACGUCGUCGACGUUGAAGCAGAGAGCCCACCAGUGCCCCCUCUGCUCUAUGACCUUUGCUAAAGCAAGAGGUCUGCGUGCCCACAAAUGGCAGGCCCACUCGAAGAGGACGAAAGGUAAAAACAAGGCUCUUUUGAGGAUUAAAACGGAGUCCGUUACCUCAAGCGGUGAGGUUACACAGACGGAAGGCAACACUACAGUGCCGGGGAACAACGCCCCUGUUGGCAGAGGAAAGAAGAAAGUCCGAUCAGACUCCCCAUUUGUGAAAUGUAUCUCAUGCCUCGACUGUGGGAAGCAGUGCAGCUCUCCAGGCGUCCUCCUCGACCAUAAGAAAGUGUGCCUGGAGAUGAAGCACGAGUCUAAACGGGAGAUCCAGAAUCCUGAAAGCACGGCUGAGCUUUUCCAACCUCUUAGCCGCCUGUCGGAGCACACGGCCAAAUGCCUCUUCAAGUGCGAUAAGUGCGGCAAAGCUUUCCAAACCGAGGGACAACUGGGGGCCCACAAGACCAAGGCAAAGAGCCGGCAUUAUUGCUGCGCCCUGUGCUGCCACGGCUUUUGGACGGAGAACCAGCUGCAGCAGCACCUCGCCUGGCACGACGAAGUCCGCUGUCGUCUCCCCAACGAGGUCCGCUUAAGGCUCAGCGCCGCCAUGACCUCAAAGCCUUUAAAACCCAGCGUCCCCUCUGCUGACACCAGUAGGACGUCCUCUCCGUCCUCCAUGCCUAACUCAGACAGCCCGUCACAAAGUAGCCAUAAGUGCCAACAUUGUGGCAAAGCCUUUCUGUCACCGACUGCGUUACAAAAACAUGAAACCCAGCACUGUAACCAUGACUCGUAUCACUGCUCCAUCUGCCCCAGGACCUUCAGUGAGAUACAGGACCUCAUCGAUCACCACCAGGAGUGUGUCGGCGACAACAAAGGGCAGAGUGCUGUCUCCUCAGGAGAUACCGAUGGCCUUACUUGCCUUGAAUGUGGAACUACUUUUUGUCAAGAAACUGAUUUGCACCAGCACUAUAUUGAACAUGCCCAAGGAGGAUAUCUGAUCAUACAACCUGGAGAGGACUGAAGUGAAGACACUGUAGGUUGUGUAUUUUUUUUUUUUUGGAGAGGGGCGGGGGUUCUUCUGGAGGUUGCAAAACUACGUAAAUAUGUUAAGCUACAAAAUUCCUUUUUUAGAAAUGUGUUUAGGUUGAUUAGAAACAUGCUUUCCCUUGUUGUUUCUGGAUUGUUUGAGAUUCUUUAUUAUUUUCCUUUACACAGGAUUAAUGUAGAAAUGUUUAAGAACAACACCUUUUAUGAACUAAUGUUGAAAUGUCACAAUGAUAGUUUAGAGACACUAUUUGAUUUGAAUAGACCCAUCAUGAGUUAAUCUCUCUGAGUUACUGGCCGAUUUAUGGUAGUUCAUAUCUAGAUAUAUCGGAAAAAAAUAUUUGGAAACAUUUAUGCAUGUCCAUGUUUGUCCUCAAAAUGAAUAGCAUUGCUGACACACUACUUAUUUUAACGUUUCUGAAGACAACGAACGAUUCUGCACAGCUAAUAUAUACUAAUUUAGCUUGUGCCAUUUUAAAAGCCUACGGUUUGGCAGAUAGAAGACAAAAUAUAUCGAACUCAACCAUGUGCACUGCUUAUGUGAAUUGGUUAAAAAAAAAAAAGCCAACAUUGCUGGUAUUUACUACCAUAAAACAAAUUUAACAAUCAAAUAGUAUGUAACACACAAUACAUUUAGCAUUGAUUGAUUGUAUAAGCUCCCAUGUUCUUUCCUUUUCAGUGUUAUAUUUCAAAGUUGUGAAAAAAUAUUCAUUGCUUUAACUAAAA